CCCUCGGAGGUAAGAAGAAAAGAGGCAUGGAAGGAAGAUUGGAAGCGUGUCUUACGUAGAGGACGUUGGAUUGACUUGGGAUUGGCUGAAAAAUGAAUCCCCAAUCUUCCAUCAGGUUCUUCAAAAAAAUUCUAAUUUUGGAAAUUAUUGGAGUUCUGGGGGCAUAUACUUUGUAUUACAAAAUGAACUCGAGUGAAGAUUUCAGACAUAAAAUGAAGCGAAGGUGGCCAUCUGUUUUGGAAGUAUAUUACAAGAGUAAUGAGUGGGCUGGUAUUUAUGGGCUCAAAGAGAUGGAUGAAGAGAAAUGGCUUACAAAAAAACCCUAAAAGUAAGUAGAAACA